AUGCUGUCAGGCACGUUCAAACCUGAGCAACAAGCACUGCUGGUGGGCCGUCUGGUCGGUCAGUGGGGCAAAGGCUCCGUGAAAAGAAAGCACGCGCUGUGCACCAGCCCCCAGCACCCCACGAGCCCUCAGCAAUCCCGGCAGCAUAAGCAGCGGACCCUGGGGGUCGCGGGGGUCUCGGCCGGUGGGCAUCGGAGGAGAGAGCGAGAGGCGCCUCCGCAUCUUCCUCCCCUCCCCCGGGAACCAGGUCCGGGAGGGACCUCCCACCCGCUUCCUGUGCCCCGCGGGAUGGACGCUCCAGAGGCAGCGCGGCCCGGCCACGACCGUCCGCGAGGCAGGGCCCGGGCAGCCCGGCACCGAGCCCAAACACCCCUCGGAAGGGGGAAGCGGCCGGGCCCGCCAUCCUACAGCGUGGCCGCGAGCCCGGGCCGCCUGCCCAAGGAGCGCUCAGCCUGGGCAGCGGGGCGCGGACGCGGGGUGCGGCUCCUCCCCGCUGGGCUCCGGGCCGCUCCGCCCCCGGGUUGGCUCCGCUGGGCUGGGCGCGCGGAGGCGCGACUGGCGGCGGAAAGGACAGUGGCCACGCCGCCCCCCCCGGGGCUGGGUCCUCGGAGGCGGUCACCGCGGGCACAGCGCGGGGACUGGCCGUCACCCGCUUCCGGCAGGAGCGCCCUAGGAAGUCCCCGCGCCGCGGCCCCCUCCUCCACGCGGCGCCCGGGAGCGGGACGGAGGUCCGCCCACCCCGUUCCCCACACCCCCGCCGCGGGCGGGGACACCCCCGGCCCCCGCCCCACGCCGGCCCCCGCCCCCGCCCCGGCGGCCACCCCCGUCCCGACCAGCGCCCACCCCGGGACCCCCACCCGCUUAUCCUCCGCCUCCUGGGGCGUCUCGCCGCUGCCUCCCCCCCUUCGGGGCCCACCCCUACCUCUCAGCUCUGCGCCUCGCCCUCCACCCCGGCGCCCACCCAAGCCCAGGACCCGGAACCCUCGCCAGGGUCUCCGACGCGCAUGCGCGGGGCUCUUCCCGCGCACCUGUGAGAACGCCCGCGGGCGGGGCGGCCGCCUUCCGCGCACCUGUGCGAGCGCCCGCGGGUUCCCGAGCAUCUUCCCGCGCGGCCAGGCCCGGCCCGACGAGUGCCCCCUGCGCCCCUGGCCUGCCUUGGCGGCAGCGGGCCCGACACUCACCGCGUCCGUGGAGGCCGCGCCUGGAGCCCCGCCGCUCCGAGCAGCGCGCCGAGGCGGGGACGCGGGGACGUGGGCGGGAGGGUGGCCGCAGCCCCCGGCAGGGCGCGCAGGCUCCGGACUGGAGCGCGCCGGCGCGGCCCCGAGUCCAGGUCCCUGCAGCGGGAUCGGGGCGCAGGACGACGAGGGACCGCCCGAACCUCGAGCCACGAUAAGGAGCAAGAUCCCCAAAGACCUGACAGCGGAGAGGGACGAAGUGCCCUCCGACCUGGGCUGCUUUCUGUUCCUGCGCACAGCUGCUUCCUGCCGGGUGACAGUGCCACCCAGCCUGGCCUGUUCUUCCUGGAAACCCCCCGUAAUCCUGUACGUGCCUCUGCACGCUUCCAGCAAGGCCCUGUCAGGGAGCAUCUCCCAGGCCUCAUGGCCCUUCUGCAGUCACCACUUCUCCCAGCGGGACCACCACCCCAGGGCCCAGCUACCCUUCUCCCAGCUCUGCUCAAGGCCUGCCCCCUCGGUGAAGCCGCUUCUGGGGGCUUCCCACCCGCUCUGUGCCCACACCUCUGUUCAGAGCUUCAGUGCUGCGCUGGUGCGCCGGCCCAAAGCUAUCUGGUUCCGGGUCCGUCCCCCCACCAAGGCAGCCAGCACACUCCGGGUGUCGUCCUCUUCCUCUAAGGACACAAAUCCCAUCACGGGCCCGCCCUCAUGA